CUAACGCACGUAUUUCUCUCUCACUUCUUCUCAUUUGUUUAGCGUAAAAUAUUCACAAAAUUUUAGAACUCUUGGUGAUUUCCUCUUCAUUUUUCUCUCUCACGGAGACGAUCCAUUUAAUACAUAAAAAAUAGAAAAUUCCUUCUUUUCUUUCAGAUCUGCGGUUUCAGUUUUAGAUUCAAUCAGGCCAAGGUUCAGAGCUGGCUCAUUCUGAAAGCAGGGGCGAUGAAGAAGGUUUUUGGUCAAACUGUUAGAGACCUUAAGAGAGGGGUUAAUAAGAAAGUUCUUAAAGUUCCUGGAAUAGAGCAGAAGGUUCUUGAUGCUACUAGCAAUGAGUCCUGGGGUCCUCAUGGAUCACUCCUGGCAGAUAUUGCAUUGGCAACAAGAAGCUCUCCUGAAUACCAGAUAAUCAUGGCAGUACUGUGGAAACGUAUGAAUGACACUGGAAAGAAUUGGCGUCAUGUAUACAAGGCUUUGACUGUUUUGGACUACCUUGUUGCUCAUGGAUCAGAGCGUGUCAUAGAUGACAUCAGAGGACAUACGUAUCUAAUAACGACUUUGUCUGAUUUUCAGUAUAUUGAUUCCAGUGGAAGAGACCAAGGUAGCAAUGUCCGAAAAAGAUCUCAAAGCCUUUUGGGCCUUAUAAAUGAUAACGAAAGAGUAACUGAAGUAAGACAAAAGGCUGCAGCUAACAGGGACAAGUUCCAAAAUAAUUCAGCAGGUGGAAUGUGUAGGCAGGGUUCAGGGGGAUAUGGCAACAGAUAUGAUUAUGAUCACCAUGGAAGCAGGGAAGAGAGUCAGAAUGGUUAUGGAAGAGAUGGAGAAUAUGGCUUUAGAGAUGAUGAUCGGUACGGAAGAUAUGCGGAUUCAAAUGGUCGCGAUGGAAGAGAUCAUGAAGAUCACAACAGAAGAGAUGGUUACAAGGACAAUGACUACAGGGGUAGAAGAGUUGAUGGUGAUCAAUAUGGAACAAGAAGUAGGGUCUCUGAUAGGGACCGAGCUUUUGACGACGAUGGUUCUUCAUCUUGGGGCAACGGUGCUAGAGUUGAUGAUCAUUCUCAGGAUGGAAGGCAGCUUGAACAGAAAUUUCCUGAACAAAAUAUUGGUGCUCCUCCUAGUUUUGAAGAAGCUGUAAGUGAAUCUCAGAGUCCUUCCCAUACUGAAAGGGAUGGAGAAACUUCAGCAGCAGCUGUUUCCAUGGCUUCUUCUGCUAGCAAUAACCCUAACCAAAUAGCCUUUGAUUUUGGUAAUUCAGCAUCUCCUCCAGAUCAAAAAGUGAAGGCUUUUGAUGAAUUUGAUCCACACAGUUCAGUUUCAGCUGGCCAUGCCUCUACUACUAUUCCUGGUGCUACACCCGCCCCUGCUUCUGCUGUUCCUAUUGCUUCCAGCUAUGCCGAAAUAGACUUACUUGGUGAUCUAUCCGGUUCAUUGGCUAUUGUACCAACGACUCAUACAAUGCCUUCUGAUGAGGGUGAUGCCAGCUCACACUCAGGUGCUAUACCCACCUUUGCUGCCAAUCAAUUCGCGUCUGAUUUUGGCGAUCAGGGUUUUGAUGAUCCAUUUGGUGACGAUCCUUUCAAAGCAUUUCCUUCAACUGAUGGCCAAUUUCAGCAACAAAUAUCAACUUCUAUGCCUACUUUCCAGCCUACAACGAAUCAAAAUAUGGAAGUUCCUCUGGCACCUUCUACAAAAUCCAAGACAAUUGCAGACUUCAACUUUGGAGACUCGUUUUCUGCUGAUGCUUACUCCAGCUCCAGUGUCUCUGCUUUUCAGCCUCCAUUAGCAAGCUCUCAAUUUUUUCCUCAAGAAAUGUCAACUCCAAUUCAGGAAAGUGAUCUUUUGGAGGGUAUCCUUCCACGUUCUGGAUCUGCAUAUGACGUGGCUUCUCAUGCAGCAUUUUUAGCUCCAACCAACCAAUCUUCUCCACCAGUACCUACUUAUAACCAACCAGCACAGCAAGAUACCUAUGGUCAACUGACACAGUCACGUGCUCAUAUGUAUAGUCAACUGACACAGUCACGUGCUCAUAUGUAUAGUCAACCCACACAGCCAAGUGCUAAUCUGUAUGACCAACCUGUGCAGCCAAGUGCUUCUCCACAUGACCAAUCUGCACUGUCAAGUGUUAAUCCUUAUGGCCGACCACCAAAGUCAAAUGAUGAUCCUUAUGGCCAACCCGCACAGCCAAAUGCUAAUCCCUAUGAUCAACUGUCUCAGCCAAAUGUGAAUCCAUAUGGCCAACCUGCACAGCCAAAUGCUAAUCCAUAUGCCCAACCUGCACAGCCAAAUACUAACCCAAAUGGCCAACUAGCACAGCUAAAUGCUAAUCCGCAUUGCCAACCUGUCCAAGCAAGUUCUAAUCCAUAUGCCCAACCAAUGGAAUCAAGUUCGAAUAUUACAUAUGGUAAUUUUAAUACACAGACUGUGUCUAUGGGCCCUCAAAUUUCAGUGUCUGCAUCACGGAGCAGCAAUGGGAGUUUCAUCUCUCAGGUAGGUUCUAACACUCCUGUUAGUUCACACGGGGCUGUUCAACCUCAAAAUCCUGCUGAACCAGCUACCCAGGUUAACACUGGAAACUUCAUUCCGCAGAAGGGUUAUGGUGUGUCAGUUGCUUCGCAGAGUGCUAAUCAAACCACAAAAGCACCGGGUGCACAAGAUAACAACAAUAUCGUAGGUGGCUUAUUCUUGCAGCCAGGAUCAGCCACUUCAAUAUUACCACAGGCAUCUCCUCAGUCAACAGAACUUGCUAUUGUUCCGCAACCAUCAAAUAAAAAGUUUGAACCAAAGUCAGCAGUUUGGGCUGAUACAUUAAGCAGAGGGCUGGUCAAUUUGAAUAUAUCUGGACCUAAAACAAACCCAUUGGCUGAUAUCGGAAUCGACUUUGAUGAAAUGAAUAGGAAGGAAAAGAGGAUGGAAAAGCCUACCCUGAGUACAGUAACUUCUACUGUCACCAUGGGUAAAGCUAUGGGGUCUGGGUCUGGGAUUGGUCGUGCGGGUGGUAGUGUUCUCAGGUCUUCAGCAACUCCUAUGAUGAGUUCCAGCAUGGGCAUGGGCAUGGGCAUGGGUAUGGGUAUAGGAAACGGUGGUGGACCUGUUGGGAGUAUGGGCAUGGUAGGCUAUGGUGGUAUGAAUCAACAACCUGUGGCCAUGGGAAUGGGGAUGGGGAUGAACAACAUGGGUAUAAGUCCAAGCAUGGGAAUGGGGAUGAACAACAUGGGUAUGAGUCCAAGCAUGGGAAUGGGGAUGAACAACAUGGGUAUGAGUCCGAGCAUGGGAAUGGGGAUGAACAUGGGUGUGAACCCGAGCAUGGGAGUGGGGAUGAACAUGGGUAUGAAUACGGGCAUGGGAAUGGUACAGACAGCACACAUACAAUCACAAACUCUAAUGCCUGGCAGUUAUAACCCUAUGAUGGGCACAAAUGGUUAUUUUCAACAGCCAUAUGGUGGCAGUUAUCGAUGAGAAUGAUUUACCUCCCCAGAUGGAUUAGGAAGUUGCCAUACGCUUAUGAUAUAGAAUAAAAGAGAUUGAAAUAUUAAGCCCAAGCAUUGCCGAUGGAUCCUCGAGUCAAAUUAUGUAGUCACAAAUUGUCUUGCAGGGGCCUGAUGUGAUCCAUGUUUAUUCAUUCCAAUUUUUCUCAUUCUUUCUUAAGCAAUCGUACUAGUCGUAAUCUUUUGAUUCA